AUGACAAGAAGGAAAAAGCAAAAGACCAGCCACUUGACAAAGGGAGAGCUCAGUCAGGCCGAGAUAUGGGACGAUUCGGCGCUGAUCCGGUCGUGGAACGAUGCUGUUGCAGAGUACGAGUACUACCACAGUAUCCACGCACGGGGCGAAGACGUGGAAGAGAUUCUCCGAAAGGCCGAGAUGGGCGAACUCGACGACGAGAAUACCGAUGCUGAUGUCGACAUGGGAGGACAGUGGCGACCUGUGCAUCCAGAGACACCGGCUGAGGCUGCAACUGCUGCAGCAGCUGCUGCGGCGGCGGCCGAUGAAAACGAAACUACUGCCGAUGCUGCUGCUGCUCGUGACACCAGAUCCGAGAGUGGCGAGGUGGAAGAUGAGGAUGGCCCCGAAGGCGGCCCGGAUGGUCUCGAGCAGAGACGCAAAGCUGCCAUGGAUCAAUUCAAAUCCUUGUUAGACGAGCCAGACGGACAACAGAAACAUCCACCACAGUCAACAUUGGAACAGCCAUCGACAACAACGACGACGACAACUCCAGCGAUAGGACCAAGCUUACCCCCAACCAGUGCUAUCGUGAACGAGCAAGUACCACCAACCGCCACCGCCACCGCCACCGUAACAGGCCUCUCACCAGACCAGACGCUCGAAAAUAUCAAAAUGGCAUAUUACUGGGCGGGAUACUACUCGGGACUUUACGAUGGACAGCGCCAGCGACAAGCCCAGCAGGCUCAAGCUCAACCGCCAGCCAAGGACGUCACGACAGACCAGCAAUGA